AGUAACGUUAGCAUUCCCCUUUGCUAACACGAAUAAUGUUGUUAUAACGGUUGGAGGUCGAAGUCAACAUUAAGUUGGUCGCCACCGGUGAACGCCUGCACCGACGCUGGCUUCAGCUAUGUGGCAGGGGAGGAGGGGUGGAGGUGAUGGUGGUGGUGGUGCGGUACAACAGCAUGAUUGUUCCCUUCUUCUUCAGCUUCUCCUUCAGCCGAGAAUUGGAGUUGAGAGCCAGGAUAGUGCCCAUAUUUCGCAGCAUCAGUAGCAGAGUGGCUGCAGUCCAGUUGAAGGAAGGACGGACAGAGGAGGAGUUUGGAAAGUAAACAUCACUCAGCUUGACUCAUGCUCACAAAGAUUUUUUUCUCUUUGUCAAUCUUCACACUCGGGUGAAGACAGAAGUUUUGGAUGCAGGUUGUAUGUUGGCUGCUGUGCCUUGGCACGGCGGGGGCACUUGUUGUGCUGCAGAAGGACCAGGUGGCCCAGCACGCCAUCAAGCUUUAUCGGAGCAAGGGGGCCACACACGGCCACAGCUGGGUGACCAGCAACUGCAAGCGGCUGGUGGGGCUUCUGCGUCAGAAGAAUGUGGUUGUCAGGAAGCUGGCAGCUGCUGCUGAUGCUGUCAGACGAGACAGGGCCCUUUCAGAACCAGAGAGGCUCUUUCAGGUUCACACUCUGGAGGUUUUCCAGAAGGAGCUGAAUGAGAGUGAGCACUUGGUGUUCCAGGCAGUGCACAGCCUGCAGAGGGCGUUGCAGGGAGACUACAGGGACGUGGUCAACAUGAAGGAGAGCAGCAGACAAAGGCUGGAGGCCCUCAGGGAGGCAGCCAUAAAGGAGGAACAGGAGUAUGUGGAGCUGGUGGCUGCUGAGAAGCACCAGCAGGAAGCUAUUAAGAGCGCUUUAGCCCAGAAUAAGACUCUGUCCAUGCUAGAUGAGAUCCUGGAGGACGUCAGGAAGGCAGCCGACCGGCUGGAAGAGGAGAUUGAGGAGCACGCCUUUGACAACAACAAACAGAUGAAAGGAGUAAAUGUAGAGGCAGUGUUGAGAGUGGAGGAUGACGAGGAGAACGGAGGCAAGAGGAAGAAUAAGUCCAAGCAGAAGGAAGUGGAGGACGACCUGGGACUGAGCAUGCUCAUCGACUCUCAAAACAACCAGUACGUCCUGACCAAACCACGAGACUCAACGAUGCCAAGAGCCGACCAUCACUUCAUCAAGGACUUGGUGUCGGUGGUGAUGCUGUCGCUGCCCUGUGGUUGGAUAUGCAGUCUGGUCGGUCUUCCUCCCAUGUUUGGAUAUAUUAUCUGUGGGGUCUUGCUUGGUCCCUCUGGCCUCAACACCAUCAAGUCUAUGGUCCAGGUGGAGACUCUGGGGGAGUUGGGUGUGUUCUUCACUCUCUUUGUGGUGGGAUUGGAGUUCUCACCUGAGCGACUUCGAAAGGUGUGGAAGACAUCAGUCCAAGGCUCGUGCUACCUCAGUCUGUUGAUGGUGGGGGCCGGUUUAGUGUGGGGACAAGUCCUGCAUAUUCGACCCACCCAGACUGUCUUCGUUUCCACUUGCCUCUCUCUGUCCAGCACUCCACUCGUGUCCCGCUUCCUGGCAGGUGGGAGCAGAGGGGACAAAGAAGGUGAUCUAGACUACAGCAGCGUUCUCCUCGGGAUGUUAGUGAUGCAGGAUGUUCAGCUCGGUCUCUUCGUCGCCGUCAUGCCGACUCUGAUCCAGGCACAGAGUGGAGACUUGGACAGCUUCCUGUUUGGGAGUCUUCGCGUGUUCUACCUCCUGGCCCAGGUCCUGGUCUCUCUGGCUGCUGUGCUGCUUCUGUGUUUGAUACUUAAAGCAUUCCUGAUUGGCCCAUAUUACAAGAAACUGCAUGCUGAGAGCAAAGGCAACAAGGAGAUCCUGGUGCUGGGGAUGGCAGCUUUUGUCUUUUUCAUGCUGACGGUGACGGAGCUUUUUGAUGUUUCUAUGGAGCUGGGCUGUUUCCUGGCUGGAGCUCUGCUGUCCACACAGGGUCAUAUUGUUACCACGGAGGUCAUGGGAUGCAUUGAGCCGAUCAGAGAUUUCCUCGCCAUCAUCUUCUUUGCCUCUAUUGGUCUCCACGUGUUCCCAACAUUUGUGCUGUAUGAACUCACCAUUCUGCUGGUGCUAACGCUCACACUCGUCAUUAUGAAGUUCAUGAUGGCCGUAAUGGUGCUGUCGGCCAUCUUGCCUCCAGGCUCUCGACACAUUCGGUGGAUUGUCUCAGCCGGUCUGGCUCAGGUCAGCGAAUUCUCCUUCGUCCUGAGCAGCCGUGCACGUCGUGCUGGCAUCAUCUCCAGAGAGGUGUACCUGCUGGUUCUCAGCGUCACCACCCUCAGUUUGCUGCUGGCACCGGUGCUGUGGAGAGUUACCACACACAAAGGGGUUUCCCGGGCAGAACGCAAAACCGUUACAUGACCGGACCGGCUUUAAGGCCCAGAGGUUCCCGUGUAACUCUCACAAAAAGAGUCUUAUUUGGCCCUUCAGAAAGCUUGGACCAAAUCUUCUUCACUUAACAGACUCUGUCCACCACUGUUUCUGUUUGUGAAGGGCACAAAACCUGCACCGUCCCAGUAGUGGUACUCUAUAGUGUUUAAGGUCUCAUUUGUUAACACUUAACAUAAAUUCAGAUAAUGUCUAUCAAGUUGCAACAUUGCUGAACCCCUCCAUUCUUCUUUGACUUUUAAAGAGUCAUUGAUAACAAUAAAAAAAGCACACCUGCUCAACAUUCCAGCGGAGAAGCAAAAGUACUUGAUGUCUUUCCAGUUCUGAUGUCUUUAACGCACUUAUGAAGAGACACAGAUGCUUUCCCUUCUGUGUUAAUGAAAUUCAGUGGAAUUCCUUUUGUUUCCCUGAUUCUGUUGUUUCUGUACUCUCAACCCAAGGUUGUUCUGAUUACUUGUAACAAUCACAAGGUGAAGGUUUACCAUCACACCUUGUCUCUUGUUUCAUGUAGAAGUAAAAUAUAUAUAUAUUUUUUUUAUUAGGGAAAAUGAUUCUGUAAUUUAUAUUGCCUCAUUUGAGCAUGUCACAUUACUAUUACUGACUUCUGGGAUAGUGCUUGUCUGGCUUACCCUACCCGCUGAUGUACAGUGCAUCGCCGGAUGUCAGGACCCUUCCGUUAUCUCCGCUAUGAUUAUGCAAGGGCUCUGUUGCUGCAUCUGGGGCUGAGCGCCCCCCUAAGAUGAUUGUGAUUGGUUUAAAGAAAUACAAAACAAGUUAGAGGUGUAGCCAGACCAUACUCAAGCACUGACACAGCGCUGUGGAGAUAGGUCUGGCCAUGUGAGGCUAGGCUGUUGCGAAUGUCUGAUUUAAAUCCUUACUGAAGUGCAAACCUUUUAUCUGCUUUAUUUAAUAAAUGAUACUUGUAGAUUAUUGUAAUCAUUGUACUACUGUGAAUUAAGCUGUGAGGACACUCUUCAGUGUUCCCUAAAAACUACAACAUUUCCUUUUCUAAAGUCUGUAUUCAUACACAUUAGUAAAAAGUAAGUACUGGAGAUGAA